AUGAUUAUAAAAUUAGUUAAAUUUUUUUUUUAUAAAGAUGUUGUUGUUGUAAUUCUUUUAUCAAGUUUAGGAUUGUCAUCAGGAGUAAGAGAGUAUGGUGUUAAAUUACUUUGUCAACUUUUUGAAUGGGCAGCACAAGGGACAGAUUCUGUUGAUGAUGUUUUUGAUGAUGACAUUACUGGUAAUGAAGAAAAUGAUACUCAACAAAAUGAUGAUGAUUUACCAUCAAAUAGAAUAAAAUUACGUAGAAGAUCUUCUUCAACAGAAAAAAAAAUAAUUGAAAGAGAUGCAUCAGAGAGUGUUAAAAAUAAAUUAGAUAAUGAUGAUAGUAAUCAUUUAAUACCUAAAAAUAAAACAAGUAGAACUAUAAUUUCUGAUUCUCUUGAAUUUAUAACUGCUGGUAUUGAAGCUAUUAUUGAAGAUGAAGUAACAUCACGUUUUAAAGCAGAAACAUUAGUUUCAUGGAAUUUAUUAUCACGUACAAAAUCAAAUUAUGUUCAUAUUAAUUGGAAAGUUUCUUUAUUAUGGGUUCUUGGUUGGAUAACUAGAUAUACAAUUUUACUUCAUAUAAGAUUAUCCAUAUUUUUUGUUGGACUUAUAUUAUUAAUUAUAACAACAACAUUAAUUGGUUUUAUACCUCAUGGUAAAUUUAAACGUUGGUUAAAUAGAAGAUCUAUGUUAAUGUGUAUGAGAAUAUUUUCAAGAUCAUUCAGUUCAAUUAUUCGUUUUCAUGAUAGACAAAAUAAAGCUAAAUGUGGUGGUAUAUGUGUGGCAAAUCAUACAUCUCCUAUAGAUGUUAUGAUUUUAAGUUGUGAUAAUUGUUAUGCAAUGAUUGGUCAAUCUCAGGGAGGAUUUUUAGGAUUUUUACAAAAAACAUUAAGUAGAUCAACACAUCAUAUCUGGUUUGAACGUACUGAAGCUAAAGACAGAUUAGCUGUAGUAAGAAGAAUGCAAGAACAUGUUAAUGAUCCCAAAAAAUUACCAAUUUUAAUUUUUCCAGAAGGUACAUGUAUUAAUAAUACAUCAGUAAUGCAAUUUAAAAAAGGUUCAUUUGAAAUAGCUUCUACUAUAUAUCCAAUUGCCAUGAAAUAUGAUGCUCGUCUUGGAGAUGCUUUUUGGAAUAGUUCAUUACAAGGAUAUGGUCAAUAUUUAUGGAUGGUAAUGACAUCAUGGGCAAUAAUUUGUGAUGUUUGGUAUUUACCACCAAUGACAAGAAAUGAGGAUGAGGAUGCUAUUGAAUUUUCUAGAAGAGUUAAAAAAGAAAUUGCAAAUAAAGGGGGUUUAGUAGAUCUCGAAUGGGAUGGUCAGUUAAAAAGAACUAAAGUUUCUAAUAAAUUAAUAAAUGAACAUAAGAAAAAAUAUUAUAAUCAUUUAGAAAGAAGAACUUCAAUAUCAUAUUAUAAGCCCAUAAGAUUAAGAAAAAUAUCACAGUCAACUGCUUUAUCCCAAAGUACAUUAUCAGAAAAUAAAACUAAUGAAACCCAAUAUGAAAAAAGAGAAUUGAUAAUAGAAGAUAGUUUUGAGGAAUCAUUAAAUAAUAAACAAGAAGAUAAAGAUAAAAAUAUUGAAUUAAAAUAA